UUUCUUUUUUUUUUUUUUCCUUUUUCAUUUUCUACUUACUAAAAAUCAAAAUAUUUUCCAUUGUUACACCUUGAAGAAAGCACUCAGCUAGCUCUGUUCAAAGGUUUUAUCAUGGCCUGUGGUUUAAAGCUUUUUAGAGAGAAUUGAAGUGUCACUGCGUUACUGUGAAAUGUACCAUGUUUGAUUGGCCUCUUUAAUCCUUCUUGUUUGUGCUCACCUAAUUCAGAAAACGCUCCUUUGAAAAAUUCACACUUUUUGCGUGAAUUUCAUUUCUUUUAUUUCGUGUUUAGUUUCUGUGUAAGCCAGAAAAAACAAAAUGCGGAACACUCCACAGCAGGUGGAUUUUGCUCUAAAGGAGACGUCGCCGAACAUCGGCGCGGGUUCGAUCACGGGCGAUAAGCUUUCCUGCACCUAUGACCUUGUUGAGCAAAUGCAAUACCUCUAUGUCCGAGUUGUCAAAGCCAAGGACUUACCCGCAAAAGAUGUCACUGGAAGUUGUGAUCCUUAUGUGGAAGUUAAGCUUGGGAACUACAAGGGAGUUACAAAGCAUUUCGAGAAGAAAUCGAACCCCCAUUGGAAUCAGUGUUUCGCUUUCUCCAAGGAUCGAAUUCAAGCUUCAACACUGGAAGUUCUGCUGAAAGACAAGGAUAUUGUGAUUGAUGAUCUCAUAGGGAGGGUUUUAUUCGAGCUCAACGAGGUCCCGAAACGAGUCCCGCCUGAUAGCCCUUUGGCGCCCCAGUGGUAUAGAAUGCAGGACAGGAAGGGAGAAAGGGUUAAAGGGGAGAUAAUGCUGGCUGUGUGGAUGGGAACGCAGGCCGAUGAGGCCUUUCCCGAUGCGUGGCAUUCGGAUGCUGCUGCAGUCGGUCCUGAAGGCGUUGCCAACAUCCGGUCCAAGGUCUACCUUUCUCCAAAGCUUUGGUAUGUGAGGGUUAAUGUGAUUGAGGCACAGGACUUGCUACCUAGUGACAAGAGUAGGUAUCCCGAGGUUUUCGUCAAGGCCAUACUCGGAAACCAGCUGCUGAGGACUAGAACAUCGCCAAGCAAAAGCAUUAACCCAAUGUGGAAUGAGGAUUUGAUGUUUGUUGUGGCUGAACCGUUAGAGGAGCCGUUGAUUCUCACUGUGGAAGAUAGAGUUGGGUCGAACAAAGACGAGGUUCUUGGCAAGUGCCUGAUUCCCCUGCAGACUGUGCAGAGGAGGCUGGAUCAUAAGCCUGUCAACACUAGGUGGUUUAAUCUUGAGAGGUACAUUACUGUGGAUGGGGAAUUAAAGAAGGAGACAAGAUUUGCGAGUAGGAUUCACUUGAGGCUUUGUUUGGAUGGUGGUUAUCAUGUUUUGGAUGAGUCAACUCACUACAGUAGUGAUCUCAGGCCAACUGCAAAGCAAUUGUGGAGGCCAAGCAUUGGGAUUUUGGAGCUUGGAGUGAUAAGUGCCGUGGGACUAAUGCCGAUGAAGACUAAAGACGAGCGAGGAACCACAGAUGCGUAUUGUGUUGCUAAGUAUGGGCAGAAAUGGGUUAGGACUAGGACAAUUGUGGACAGCUCUACUCCCAAGUGGAAUGAGCAGUACACAUGGGAGGUUUUCGAUCCUUGUACUGUCAUUACAAUAGGGGUUUUCGACAAUGGCCACAUACACGGGGGUGAUAAAGGCGGGAAGGAUUUGAGAAUCGGGAAGGUGAGGAUUAGGCUCUCUACACUUGAAACUGAUAGAGUGUACACACAUUCAUACCCUCUUCUGGUCCUUCACUCUUCUGGGGUGAAGAAAAUGGGGGAAGUUCAGCUGGCUGUGAGGUUCACAUGCUCAUCUUUGAUCAACAUGUUGCACAUGUACUCACAUCCAUUGCUGCCCAAAAUGCACUACAUUCAUCCUUUGUCUGUUAUUCAACUUGAUAGCUUGAGGCACCAGGCUAUGCAGAUUGUUUCGAUGAGGCUUAGCCGCGCUGACCCGCCGCUGAGGAAAGAGGUUGUGGAGUACAUGCUUGAUGUGGAUUCUCACAUGUGGAGUAUGAGGAGAAGCAAGGCUAAUUUCUUUAGAAUCAUGGGAGUUCUAAGUAGUUUGAUUGCUGUUGGAAAAUGGUUUGAUCAGAUAUGCAACUGGAAGAAUCCUCUCACAACUAUACUAAUCCACAUUCUUUUCGUAAUUCUUGUUCUUUACCCUGAGCUCAUUCUUCCCACUAUUUUCCUCUACCUCUUCCUAAUUGGAAUUUGGAACUUCAGAUGGAGGCCAAGACACCCUCCUCACAUGGACACCCGACUAUCACACGCUGAUGCAGUUCACCCCGAUGAGCUAGACGAGGAGUUCGAUACGUUCCCAACUUCCAAGGCAUCGGAUAUCGUGAGGAUGAGAUACGAUAGGCUUAGGAGUAUAGCAGGCAGGGUUCAGACCGUGGUCGGGGACUUGGCAACACAAGGGGAAAGGUUUCAGUCACUGCUUAGCUGGAGAGACCCGAGAGCAAGCACUCUGUUUGUGACAUUCUGUUUGAUUGCUGCCAUAGUUUUAUAUGUCACUCCGUUCCAAGUUGUGGGACUUCUUGCAGGGCUUUACACUUUGAGGCAUCCGAGGUUUCGCCACAAACUUCCUUCAGUUCCACUCAACUUCUUUAGGCGCUUGCCAGCUAGAUCAGACAGCAUGUUGUAACGGUGACAGAAGACUAUUAAGCAAGAUCUCUUUAACUGCAUUAAAUUUGCAAACUGUUCUGUUUUAUAUUUAUUUAUUUUUGUUUUUGUUUUGUAAUCAAUGCAUGUUUAUUUGUUAGAGUUCAAGCAGAUA